UCUGUACGGUGUACGCCCUGUUGCAUGAUCCCCAGAUGCUUUUGGGAUGAAGCCCAAAGGGAGAGGGGAGGCAGAGCGACGACGGGGAGGAUGGGGGGCGUGUGUUCGUUCCCGGGGACGUACGCACGCCACACCCUCCCCGAUUGCUGCCGCGCACGUCUUCUGGGAACCCAGGACUUGGCUUCCUGCUGCACACCACCACACGGCUGUUCUGUCUGCCUAGGGGCGUGGACGUCUGUCUCUCCGCCGGUCUGGGAAACUGGAUAUAUGAGUUUGGUCAUUCCCACAUCCUCAUCCACCAUCUUUUCUUAUUCCAAACAGCAAUCUCCAACAACUCAUCCACCUUGACCCAAUACCUCACUCACUCACAUACACACACACACCCUCUUCCCAAGCUAUUCCUUCAGGGCUGAGCCGCGAAGGAUACACGAGAACAGGGAGGUAGACCCGACAACCGAAGAGCUGGAAGAAAAAGCAAGCAAAAGCAAGGCAAGGGCAGACAAGGGGGGCAAACGCACACUCGCAACCACGACCUCGAACGAGACAAUUGAAGGAGAUAUAUCAGAGCUCUGUCUCUCCCACCAUCGACUACCGAUCUUUUUGUUCAAGAGAUCAACAACAACAACAAUCAUUCUCCCUUUGAACAAUACUCUUUUCUUCUCACCCAUCCCUGUGUAUGACCGCGGCGCUGGCUCAAACACAAACAAACAAAACAACAUCGCCAUCAGAUAUAAUACCAUCAACCGUCCCAUCACCUUCAGCCACUUCACUCUUCAUCACCAACAACAAUCUUCACACUCUCACAUACCCACAACCCAGCCACAAUGCAGCACGACGCAGCCAUGCACUCCAACGACGGCUUCAAGGUCUUCAUCAACAAGAUGAUCCGCCGCAACAGGAAGGAGGCCAAGAGGGGCAUGGAGAUCUCCGCCCCCUUCAACUUCCAAAAAUGCAACCUCGACAUCGCCGGCAUCAGCGCAGAUGAAAUCGCCAUGCUCAAGGAACAAGCAGUCGCCAGCCGUAUCGGCAUCGCCGACUUCGACUCCGACUACCCUAUUCGCCCGCUCUUCUCCAUUCAGCCCGUCAUGUCCAGUGCCUCCAUCUCGACCCUCCGCAGCUCCUACAGCAGCUGAUCGGCUCGCCUCACCCUCUCAACUCCUCCAAUCUUCUUUGUCAACAAAACCAAACCACUAUUACCGUAAUGAGAGCUGGACUUAAUGGGAGCCGUCUGCGAUUUGGGGUCACCCAGGCUGGUGCUGGACUCACGAGAAUCUGCAUGGCACUGGAGAGCGAAAAGAAAAAGCAUUUUGAGCGAUGCAUGGGGAGGGGUACUAUGAUACCUUCGACAUAUUUUGGGAUCACUUUUAAAAGCAAGCAAGCAAGCGACGGCGUUUUCGGGACAGGGAACCCACAGCGGCGACGACAGUCGCACGCAGUUUUCUUUUACGUUUUGUUUCAAGAUUUGCUUUGUCUAAAAGACAAGAAUCGAUACCAGGGAAUGGGCAUGCGGAGGAAGGAGGCUGCAUCGCAAAGAAGCCGAUAUGCAUCGCCGAGGACGGAAGAAAGCAAGAUAGCAGGAAAGGGGGUCAAGACCCCAAAGCUCCUCAGAAGAAACCAAAUCAAACAAAUGAAUAAAAAUUCAAACAUCUUCAUCAAAUCAUCUGUUUUCCCUCCCCUCCCCGCCAGUGCCCGCAACCAGACGUGAAAACUGGCUGCAAGCGUCGAGGGUUUCCAGCGCUUGCCAGUUCCAGCCCAUGGCAGGUCCAGCCCUUGCUCGGACUUUUCAGCCCUGCGGUAUCGGUAUAUUCUGUAAGCGUCUUGAUGCCUGAGUGACCCGUCCUUUGUCCGAAGUGCUCCGAUGCCCCCCCCUUCUCGGAGCCGCAUGCUAACUCCGCAUUCGUAGCUGGGAACCGAACUGUUGCAAACGACGGGCGUCGUAAUGCUGCGUAAUGAUGCGCAAGAGACGUCGUC